CCAGUAAACUUCACUUUCCGUAAACAAAUCACUCGUGUAAUUGUUUAUAAAUAAAUAUAGCGGCACUUUUGCACUUAUUUCAAAUAUUAAUAACGUACGAAACAGAAACAAGUUCCAUACUAUUCAAUGGAAAUAACUAGUAAAAACUUUCUCGAGCAGCUGCCUUCGAUCCGACAAACCAUCCAGGAGGCGAACUUCUUCGCUAUAGAUGGCGAAUUUACCGGUCUCACCUCGGAUCGUAAUGUUUAUCCUUUCGAUACACCAGAAGAGGUGUACCUGAAAACGAUUCAGAAUUCAACCAAUUUCGUUAUCGUCCAGUUGGGUUUGUGCGCCUUCAAGCUCAACCCGGACACCGGACAUUGGAGCUACAAAUGUUACAAUUUCUACUGUUACCCGAAGGGUCGAACGCAAGUGUUUGCGUGUCAGGGAGAGAGCAUCCGUUUUCUAGCUGACAAUGGGUUUGAUUUUAAUAAAUUGUUCAGCGAGGGUCUGUCAUAUUGUGGAGAGGUGGAGGAACAACGUAAGAGAGCUGAAUUGAAGGAUCGUCAGGCUCAACGGGCUGCCGCACUAAAACUGACCGAGGAUGAGCAGAAUGACGAAAAGGACUCGUUGAACAUGAUUCCUGUGCCAACAGAGGAAGAGAAACUAAUAUCGGAUAUCAGCGAGCGGAUAGAGAAUUUUAUCAAAUCUGAGGAUAAAGAACUGGCGAUAGCGAACUGCAAUGGAUUUCAGCGGAAGCUCGUUUAUCAACUGAUUGAUUCUAAAUUUCAGAAACUAGUGUCGACCGCUUCCGUUGUGUUAGAGAAUAAUCAAAAGGCUAUCCUGGUCGAACGCAAACGUACGAAGAAGCAAGAAAUGCAGCUCGAAGCAGACCGGAUAGCUCAGGAAAACAAUGAACUGGAGAAUGCUGUAGGGCUUUCGCUCGUACUCCAGGAAUUGUCUAAAGCGAGAAAACUAGUUGUCGGUCACAAUAUGCUACUGGAUUUACUGUUUGUAAUUCGUCAGUUCUUCCGACCGCUUCCGAAUAAUUUUCAAGAAUUCAAGAAAACGGUUCGGGAACUAUUUCCAAUGCUGCUAGAUACAAAAUAUCUUUGUACAAACGGGGAACUGAAGGUGCACGUGAAUUCGUCUGUUCUGGGACACGUCUUUGAAGCUGUGAAAAAAGCACCAUUCAAAAUGCCAGAAGUCGUAUCUGAGUUGGAGAAUCAUCAAUAUUCUCAAGAGAAUAUGAAGCUUCAUGAAGCAGGGUAUGAUGCCUAUCUGACCGGGAUUUGUUUUCUCGGUUUGAUAAGUUAUUUUAAGGUGGACACGCGCAAUCUUUCCAACGAUCCCAUAUUGAAGAGUUACUUCAAUAGGAUCUUUCUGCUUCGUGUUUCGGAAAUAAAUUUCAUUCAUACACAUGGGAAAGAACCUAGCUUCUCGCGGGAGCACAUCUUCUUCGUGACUUUCCCGGAAAACUGGCGCCAAAGUGACAUAGUGACCCGUUUCCGCAAUUACGGCCCAAUUCACGUCAGCUGGGUAAACAACACUUCCGCAUUCGUGACGCUGCAUAACCGUGAUUACGCAAGCCAUGUGAUACGAACCAUCGAAAAGUCCCAGAUCAAUAUCUGCACCUUCAAUCAGUUCAAAGCCAAGCAGCAAGUAUUUCUUCGCACUGGAAUUAAACGAAGACAUGAUAGUGGUGGUCCCGACAGAGAACAACAACAGCAACUGCAACAACAGCCCAAAGGCUCGGAGGAAAAAGAAGAAGAAGCAACGUUAGCCCUGCCAAAGGUUAACAAAGUUGAUGGACUCAAUUUCGGAUCACCCAGCAAGGCCAAAAAUAUGAAGACGAGGACAUUCGCUGACAACGAUGACUGGUGAACAUCCUGAAGAGCAAGACGACGUUUUCUAGAGAAUUUAAAAACACUCUAUAUAACAAUAUAAUUGUGACGGAAAUAAAUUCUCCAUAAAACGUAUAUUGAUCAUAAA